UGUAAAAUGACAGUUUUCAAUAUUAUUGGUACUAAAUUAUAUUAAAAAUGAUGAAAAUUCUGCAACAGAACAGCCUUUUAUAAAAUGUUUAUGUUAAAAAUUUCCUGUUUUUACAGUAUUGACUAAUUCUGAUACGAAUAUAUCCCUGUGAACUGCAACUUGAAUAACAUCUGCAUCAUCAUAUCUUUAAAUAAUCAUCAUGAAGAUAGCUGUAGAAGGUUGUGCACAUGGGGAAUUGGACAAAAUAUAUGAAACUAUUGCUUUUCUUGAAGAACAGAAUAAUAUAAAGGUUGACUUGUUGAUAAUUUGUGGUGAUUUCCAAGCUGUACGUAAUCAAACUGAUUUAAAGUGCAUGGCAGUACCAAAUGCUUAUAAAAAAAUGAAUACAUUUUAUAAGUAUUAUUCUGGUGAAAAGACAGCUCCAAUACUUACGAUAUUUAUAGGCGGAAAUCACGAAGCUUCUAAUUAUUUAUCAGAAUUACCUUUUGGUGGAUGGGUUUGCCCAAAUAUUUACUAUCUCGGUUAUGCCAAUGUAAUAAAUAUUGGAAAUCUGAGAAUAGGUGGUCUUUCGGGCAUUUAUAAAGGUCACGAUUAUUUGAAAGGUCGAUUUGAAUAUCCACCGUAUGACGAAUCUACAAAAAGGAGUAUUUACCAUAUUAGGAAUAUUGAUGUUUUCCGAUUAAAACAAAUUUCGGAACCUAUUGAUAUCUUUAUUUCACACGAUUGGCCAAGAGGAAUAUAUCAUUAUGGAAAUAAGAAUGCACUAUUGAAGCAAAAAAGUUUUUUUAGAGAUGAAAUAGAGAAGAAUACACUUGGUAGCAGGCCUGCAGAAGAAUUAUUGCAUAAGUUAAAACCAAAAUAUUGGUUUGCAGCUCAUUUGCAUUGUAAAUUUGCUGCUGUUGUACAACAUAAUUCAGAUGAAGGUUCAUGUGUCACUAAAUUUCUAGCUCUUGAUAAAUGCUUACCAAAAAGAAACUUUCUUCAAAUUCUUGAUAUUGGAGAAAAAUGUGAUUUACCUGUCGAAUUAAAAUAUGAUCCAGAGUGGUUAUGCAUUCUACAAUUAACUGAUCAUUUGUUAAAUGUUGACAACAGAGUUUCAUACAUGCCAGGACCUGGAGGUUCAGAAAGAUGGGAUUUCAAAAUUAGAGAACUUGAGAAAAAGGAAAUAAAAAAAUUAAUGAAUUUAAAUUUUGUAAUACCAAAAAAUUUUCAGAUUACUGCACCAAUUCAUUCCUUUUCAGAUAAAAUUGAAACUCCAGAAGUUCAUAUUAAUCCUCAAACUGUGCAGUUUUGUCAAAAAUUAAAUGUGAGAGAUCCUUUAACUCUUUUAUCUUCAGGAAAAUCACUUGAUACUUUAACCAUCAGAGAAUUUAUCAAUGAUAGUGAAAUGAAUAUUACAAUUAAUUCUCAGUCCUCUAUCAAUCCUGAUGAGAUAAAUUUAGAUAGUGAUACUGAUGCACCAAGCAAAAAUUCAUCAGAAUCAGAUGAAAAUAUUAUGGAAGAUUUUCAGCCAAUCACUCAAACUGAAGAUGUGUCUAAAUUAAAUUCUGAUGUUGAAGAUUUUAAUAAUAGUUUCUUUAUUGAUAAAAUAGGAUCCAAUGAUAUGCUAGAUUCUCCUAAGAAUAAAUGCCCAUCAUUACAAGAAAGAAAACAACUUCAUUUACAGUAUUGUGAAACACCAGAAAAAGUUACAAAAUUAAUGAAUUUUCCUGAAAUUAAAGUAGAUCAAAAUUCCAAAAAAAACAAAAGUGAUAAUGAUGAUGAUAUGACUACAGUCAGUUGUUCAAAAAAAUUUAAAAGACGAAAUCAAGAGAUUUAUGGAACAAAGAGUGAUGAAGAUGAGAAUCAAAGUAUGGAAUAUUAAAUAUUAUUGUAUCAUUCAAUGAUAUGAAAUCUUUUUGUCAAUUCUUAAUAAACAAUUAUUGUCUGAAUCUGAAUUUAAUUAAAAUACCAGUCUAUAUGUUUGUUAUUUAAUUUUUGUUACAUUUUGAAAUGAAAUGAU